AUGGUAAAGGUGCUGCUGAUAGUAUUGGUGAUUAUCUUAAACGGAUUGCAGAUGAAGGUAGCCACAGGCUCAGAUAUUUGUGAUGCAGAAAAUUUUUUCCAUACUUUAAAGGAAUUGAGCAAGGUCCAUCUGUACUUGGUGACUGAUAAUGACAUUGAACAUGUGGAAAAAACUGUCCCAAAAAAUCUAAUACCUCUCCAGGAUACUAUGCAGGUUCAUCAUGUUUUCACUGAUACUCCAGGUGGAUUAAAAUAUAGAGUUCUUAGUUGUUCUUGUCAAAAAGAGUUUUGCCUCUGCUUGGAUCCAAAAACAUAUAGACCAGCUCCUACUCCCGUCUUUGGCACAAUCGGCAACUUUACAGAAAAGAGUUAUGUAGAUGGAUUCAACCAGAAAGAAGUACUGACCGGUAUAUGCAAUGCCGCUGCUAAACCUAAAAGAAGUAUAGUUUACUCCCCAUCUUCUAGCUCUGAUGAAGAAGUCCUUGCAAACUUAUUCAGCCAUCUGUUUCUAACGUGA